AUGCAACCUCAAAACACCUACAUCCAACUCUUUACAAUCAUUUCUCGUCUCCUUCCUCUUGCAGCCCGAGUUCUCUCUCCCCUUCCAUUCGAAGCCCAACCUUUUCCCCACCCCUCCCUCUCUUGCAGCGCCUAUUUCACCCCCCCUCCCUCUCGCGGCGCCGAUUUCACCACCCCUUCUUCUCAUGCAAUCUUCUCCUUGAGUGGAAUCCCUUUAGUCAUGACCAUGGGGAAAGAAGAGGAAAGGGACCAGGGUAGGGCACUUUUUCCCCAAUUCAAGGACAAUAAUUUCUCAGAAAUGGAAGACGUGAAGGUUUGCACUUGUAUCAUGUUCUCACAGGCAAGCUGAAUGAAAUAGAAGAUGCAUAAUUCCAAUCAAUGAAGAAGAAGUACAAAAGUGCCUUGAUUGUUUGAUUUAUUGUGUAAUUAGUUAGUUUGAAAUUUUUCUAAGUGAAUGAUAAUAUAAAUCGUUUAAUGUUACUGUAAAACGUUUAAUGUAAA